CAGACGAGACUUUUUUUGAAAAGAGUCUCGUCAUCAGAAUAGUUGAACAAGUCACCCACGUCCGUCUGGAUUAAAGCUGCUGCUGUUUGAAAAGAUCCUCUGACUCACACGAACACACUUCCCCGGUGCUCGACCGGGCGUGGCGGGGUGGGGAAGUUUGUCCCGGUUUACCUGUGUCUGCGUGUUUGUUCAUGAGAUGUGGUUUGAGGCUCCACUGGGAGAUGAACCCGUGAUAAUCUCACAGAGACAUUUCACAUUCAGCCUGUAACUAUAUACUUCUGCUCAAUUCUAUUGCGUUUUACAACACGAGGAGACGCACGGACUCAAUUUGGACGACCGGUAGUUUAUAUGGUGCUGCUGAUUAACUAGUCGGUCUCGGUUUCUUUCGGCUUUGAGGAGAAAAGUCGCCGUUUUAUUUAUUAUAAACCUUAUUCGUGUUUUAUGGGACAAAUCGUGGGAAGCUGGUGUACACGGAUACGAAUACAACAUGAGUUGAGACAGUUGAACUCUUGUAGGAAAGGUUUGGUAAAUCUCCCGGUUCAACCGUGGGAUUGUAUAUUUAAUGUUCUUCAGUAACACUCGGUCGGUAAUAUCUGUUGGGUUUAUAUAUUAUUGAUCCGUCAGUGAUUAUCAGUUAGGUAUUGAUAAAGCGUAGCGCCAUGGCUCUGUCUCAGGUGCAGUGUCUCGAUGAGCAUCACAUCAACUGGCGCGUGACCGAGUCCAAACCCGAGUUCUUCUACAGCGAGGACCAGCGGCUCGCGCUCGAGGCUCUGCACCGGGGGCGAGAGGCCUUUAGCAGCUACCUCAGUGAACAUGACCUCCGACACUUCCUGUCUGAACCGGAGCUCCUGCGGCUGGCGCGCACCGUGGAGGCCUACCGGCCUGGAAGCGAGCACCUCAAGGCCGAGGCUGGAGCGGGCAGCGCGUCCCCGAAGGAGUAUGACGGGGGCAAUGGGCCACUGUCAUUACAGUACUGGCCCGACCGCUCUGAAGGUUCUAUACCCGACCUGGACCUGGGCUGGCCCGACGCCGUGUCAUACCGAGGAGUGACACGUGUCAACGUGCACACUCAGCCCCCAGCUGAUGGACAAACACACAUCAAGGAGGUGGUCCGGAAGGCUAUAUCACAGGCUCAGAAGGUUAUAGCAGUAGUAAUGGAUCAGUUUAGUGAUGUUGACAUCUACAAGGACCUGUUAGAUGCGGCCUAUAAGAGAAGAGUUCCUGUCUACAUCGUCAUCGACACAUCUGCUGUUCCCUGCUUCCUGGACAUGUGUUGUAGAGCCAACAUGCACCAGGGACACCUCAAGGUAACACACGCACACACACACACACGCGCGCACACACACACGCGACUGGAUCAUACAGGUACCCUGACCCCUGACCCUCUCAGUCAGAGAUACAUGCUGGUAGACGGAGACAGAGCUGUGACUGGAUCAUACAGCUUCACGUGGUCGGCGUCUCGUCUGGACCGGAACCUGAUCACGGUUCUGAGCGGUCAGGCAGUAGAGACAUUCGACAAACAGUUCCGUGACCUCUACAUGACCUCUAGGGGUGUGUCCCUCGCCAAGGUUCCGCUGGAGGAGGAGCCUAUCCCUGACCUCACCCCCAUCGCCACCCCCGCCCCCGUCUCCGCAGCCGUUGCUAGGAAACUAAUCAACCCUAAAUACGCCCUAGUUACGUCACAGGCUAAAGCUAACAAUGCUAGCCCAGCUAGCUCUGCUAACGACUCUAGCAACAAGAACUCCACUACCCAAAAUCCACUGGGACGGGUUCUAAAGCCUGCCAGAGAGCCGGUGGAGGCCCCGCCCCUCCACCCAGGACUAGCCAAUCUGGAGAAGGCGUACCUGAUCCCAUACCUGCCCACCUGGCCGGAGCCAGACCCACCCCGCGACGUGAUUGGCUUCAUCAACGUGAGAGACGCGUCCCGCCCCCAACAGGUCCACCUCCAGAGAAGUCAACAGUUUGAGACCAGCCAGGCCAUCAGGUUCAGCUCUCCCUUCAGCCUGCCUGAGAACCCCCUACCUGAGACUGCUACUCUACGGAAUACACAGCACGACAAACACACAGCUGAUACGCAGAACCCUGAUACACAGAACCCUGAUAUCCAUGAUACACAGAACCCUGAUACCCCUGAUACACAGAACCCUGAUACCCCUGAUACACAGAACCCUGAUACACAGAACCCUGAUACCCCUGAUACACAGAACCCUGAUACACAGAACCCUGAUACACAGAACCCUGAUACACAGAACCCUGAUACACAGAACCCUGAUACCCCUGAUACACAGAACCCUGAUACACAGAACCCUGAUACCCCUGAUACACAGAACCCUGAUACCCCUGAUACACAGAACCCUGAUACACAGAACCCUGAUACACAGAACCCUGAUACACAGAACCCUGAUACACAGAACCCUGAUACCCCUGAUACACAGAACCCUGAUACACAGAACCCUGAUACACAGAACCCUGAUACUCAGAACCCUGAUACACAGAACCCUGAUACACAGAACCCUGAUGCCCCUGACAUAAACCCCUCCGCCCCUCCAGUCCCUAAACCUCGCACCCUGCAGCUCCUCAUUAGCCCUGCCCAUUCUCACCAGCCUGGCCACCCACAGGUCAGCCUGGUCCCCAGGACCGAAAGCCAAUCAGGGACACCGCCUGCCUCCAUCAGCCAAUCGGAAACACUGAUGGAUACCAAGUCCCGCCAUGGGCAGAGAGACGAGAAAGAGGAGGAGGAAGGGUUUGAGGAGGAGUGGCUAGAGGAGGAAGAGUGGCUGGAGGAGGGGCUAGAGGGGAGGCGGGGCAGCAGUAGUCAUGACGAUAAUGGCAGCACCACGGCGCUAUGUGACCAGACAGCCAAUAACACAUCGGCUGACGACUUAUACUACGAGUGCAACGAAUCAGACCCCACAGAAUCCUCGCCGGUGGCCAAUGGGUUAACAGCAGAGUUGGGCCGGGUUGGCGAGGGUCAUCGUCAUGGAAAUGGGGUCAAUGUGAUGGCAAGGUUCUCCCAGAGCAUGCUGGACCUUCGGCCUCACAGCCAAUCAGAUGACAGGGGAGUUCUAAUGAGCCAAUCACAGGACCGAAGGGGUCAACAGACACGCCCUCAGCCACACAGACACAUUGGACAGUUGUUUCAGAACUCCAGGUCGCCAGGUCGUGAUGGGCGCCAGAUGAGCAGGGCUAAAGUCGUCAUUGCCAAACCAAGAAGUGUCCACCGCUCGCCACUAGCAUCGUGCCCUGUGAUUGGAGGACAUCGCUACUUGCAGGGCCAAUCACUGCAGCCCUCCGAUACUCGCUCCAGCCGGUCUCCACGACGACACAGCCCUGCCUACAAAGGGGCGGGACUUUCCUCUGGCCACGCCUCCCCACGUCGAGCAUCCAUUCCAGCAGGAGCUAUGAGCGUGUCCUUCUCCAAACUGACCAAUCAACUACUGAGGGGGCGGUAUAUAGCCUCACAGACAAACGCGUCGCUUGACAACAAGGAGGUCGGCUAGGAUUGACUAAUGUAUGGACCAAUGAGACGGCUAGGCUUGACUAAUGUAUGGACCAAUGGGACGGCUAGGAUUGACUAAUGUAUGGACCAAUGGGACGGCUAGCAGGAAAUAAGACAGACAAUGUAACUGAAUGUUGUUGUUUUUUAUGUUUGUCUGAUUGGUUGCUCUGACUUGAUCAUGUGUCUGAUUGGUUGCUCUAACCAGAUCAUGUGUCAGAUUGGUUGCUCUGACUAGAUCAUGUGUCAGAUUGGUUGCUCUGACUAGAUCAUGUGUCUGAUUGGUUGCUCUGUCCGGAUCAUGUGUCUGAUUGGUUGCUCUGUUCAGAUCAUGUGUCUGAUUGGUUGCUCUGUCCGGAUCAUGUGUCUGAUUGGUUGCUCUGUUCAGAUCAUGUGUCUGAUUGGUUGCUCUGUCCAGAUCAUGUGUCUGAUUGGUUGCUCUGACUAGAUUAAUAACUUGACUGGACAUUUGGAUGUUUCUCUAUUGUUUAAAGAAUGUUAUCUGAAUGUUGAAAAUGAGACUCAGCAAUAUGUUGCCUCAAGGAGAAGGAUGAACAGAGAAUAUUGCAGAUGAACAUGAUACAAGAUGAUGCAGUUACUCAGGAGAUCCACUCUGGUACAACGUGAUAGCUGCAGGACCAAGACAGAUACAACGUGAUAGCUGCAGGACCAAGACAGAUACAACGUGAUAGCUGCAGGACCAAGACAGAUACAACGUGAUAGCUGCAGGACCAAGACAGAUACAACGUGAUAGCUGCAGGACCAAGACAGAUACAACGUGAUAGCUGCAGGACCAAGACAGAUACAACGUGAUAGCUGCAGGACCAAGACAGAUACAACGUGAUAGCUGUAGGACCAAGACAGACUCACUCUGAUACAACGUGAUAGCUGCAGGACCAAGACAGACUCACUCUGAUACAACGUGAUAGCUGCAGGACCAAGACAGAUACAACGUGAUAGCUGCAGGACCAAGACAGAUACAACAUGAUAGCUGUAGGACCAAGACAGACUCACUCUGAUACAACGUGAUAGCUGCAGGACCAAGACAGACUCACUCUGAUACAACAUGAUAGCUGCAGGACCAAGACGGAUACAACGUGAUAGCUGCAGGACCAAGACAGAUACAACGUGAUAGCUGCAGGACCAAGACAGAUGCAACGUGAUAGCUGCAGGACCAAGACAGAUACAAUGUGAUAGCUGCAGGACCAAGACAGUCUGACUCUGAUACAACGUGAUAGCUGCGGACCAAGACAGAUGCAACGUGAUAGCUGCAGGACCAAGACAGAUACAACGUGAUAGCUGCAGGACCAAGACAGAUACAACAUGAUAGCUGCGGACCAAGACAGAUACAACGUGAUAGCUGCAGGACCAAGACAGACUCACUCUGAUACAACUUGAUAGCUGCGGACCAAGACAGACUCACUCUGAUACAACAUGAUAGCUGCAGGACCAAGACAGACUCACUCUGAUACAACGUGAUAGCUGCAGGACCAACACAGAUGCAACGUGAUAGCUGCAGGACCAAGACAGAUACAACGUGAUAGCUGCAGGACCAAGACAGAUACAACGUGAUAGCUGCAGGACCAAGACAGAUACAACGUGAUAGCUGCAGGACCAAGACAGAUACAACGUGAUAGCUGCAGGACCAAGACAGACUCACUCUGAUACAACGUGAUAGCAGCAGGACCAAGACAGAUACAACGUGAUAGCUGCAGGACCAAGACAGAUACAACGUGAUAGCUGCAGGACCAAGACAGACUCACUCUGGUACAACGUGAUAGCUGCAGGACCAAGACAGACUCACUCUGAUACAACGUGAUAGCUGCAGGACCAAGACAGACUCACUCUGGUACAACGUGACAGCUGCAGGACCAAGACAGAUACAACGUGAUAGCUGCAGGACCAAGACAGAUACAACGUGAUAGCUGCAGGGCCAAAACAGAUACAACGUGAUAGCUGCAGGACCAAGACAGAUACAACGUGAUAGCUGCAGGACCAAGACAGAUACAACGUGAUAGCUGCAGGGCCAAAACAGAUACAACGUGAUAGCUGCAGGACCAAGACAGAUACAACGUGAUAGCUGCAGGACCAAAACAGAUACAACAUGAUAGCUGCAGGACCAAGACAGAGGCCUCUCGCUUCAUAUUUUUAGUUUUCGCAGAAGUCGUCGAGUUCUGCUGUUUACUUUUUGCAUCGCUGACUCUACCUUUAACGAACCUUGUCUGGAUUCUGUCUACUCUCUGUCUACUGUCUAUCUACUGUCUAUCUACUGUCACAUGAAUUGAAUGUUUGCAGGACAUUUUCCAGCUGGUUUUUGAAUGUUUGCCAGAAAAAUGUUUUAAGGUUGUUGUUUUUUUAACAUGGCCUUUCCUGGCCAAUGGGGCGAUCUGGACGUAAUCUGGACGUAAUCUGGACAUUUGUUGAAACCUUAAGAUUUAAGGAUUUAUUUGAUUUUCCUCUGUUUGAGAGGGCUGUCCUCUCCAGGCCGCCGUAGUCUGACCAGCUAGGUUUACUUGGCUGGAGAGACUCUGAGUGGCCUAACGCUCACUCUGAUUGGUUACUGGGACUAUGAGGGCGUGAGUAACGUUUUGAAACGAUGGCAGAUUUUUGCCGAUGUUGGACAUGAACGUUGUUAAAACGUUAGGAGAAUGUUAUCAAUAAAAUGCUCUUGACUUAA